UUUUCUAGCCAUUAUACUCCUAAAUCAGGGAAUUCAACCCUUCUGCAUGACCAUUUCUUACACUGCUAAAGGUUGACUUUAUAUAGUGAUUUUUUUUCUUCAGAAAAUUAUUUUGUAAUCAAUUUUUUGAAACAAAAAAUACAAAAAAUAAAAAUGUUGGAAAAAUUAUUGGCAAAAUGUUGUGUAAAGUUGGAGAGGAAAAGAGUUGGAUUAUGGGUGCUUUUUAGCUUUGUUCUUGUCACCGUCAGCCUUUGUACAGUUCUCAAGUCUUACAUGGAUCCUCUACCUAUUUGGGAAAUCAAUUUGAGGAGGCUUAAUUCCAACAACAAGAAUACAGUUAAACUCGUUCCACACGACAGUUUCGAGCCAUUCCUAGCACCAAUGUGUAAUUUUUCAGGCGAAAAAUCAGAUUAUUGCGAGUUUAAUGGGGACAUAAGAAUCCAUGGAAAUUCUUCCUCCAUCUUUUUCAGCUCACCUCAACUAGAAAACAUAGAGUUGCAAGAAAAUAGGACUUGGGGUAUCAAAAUUUAUGCUCGAAAGACGGAUGAGCAUGUCAUGGGACAGGUAAAAGAGUUGUUACUUAAACCAGUAUUAUCAGUACAAGAAAUGCCUAAAUGUACUGUAAAUCAUUCAGUUCCGGCCAUUGUGUUCUCGACUGGUGGAUAUGGAGGCAACAUCUUCCACGACACGAGUGAUAUCUUGAUACCCCUUUAUCUUACAUCCCUGCAUUUCAACAGGGAAGUUCAGUUUCUGAUACAAGAUAAGCAUUAUUACUGGAACGAACGACACGAAGUUACACUGAAGGCACUGUCUAAGUAUGAAAUUAUUGACUUAAAUCAUGACAAAGAGAUCAGGUGUUUUAAUAAUGCAAUUAUUGGUGUUCAAUCUCACCAAGAUUUUGGUAUUGACCCUGAAAAAUUACCAUAUGGACUGACAUUAAGGAACUUCACACAGUUCAUAAGAAAAAUUUAUUCGUUACAGAGGGAUACAGCGAUUCAGAUAACUGCAGAGGAUGACAGGAAGCCGAGGUUACUGAUCAUUUCAAGGAAGAAAACUAGAACCAUAUUAAAUGAAGAUAAAAUAGUAGCCGAAGCUCAAAGAUUAGGCUACGAUGUAGAGGUUAUUGAUGCACGAAUGAGCCUUAAAAACUUCUCCAAGAUAGUAAAUUCUGCUGAUGUGAUGCUUGGUGUUCAUGGAGCAGGGCUAACUAAUAUUCUUUAUCUCCCUGAAAAUGCUGUCCUGAUUCAGGUAAUUCCUAUAGGACUGCAGUCGGUGUCGAAGAUCUUUUACGAACGUCCUGCUAAAAAUAUGAGUCUCAAGUAUUUGGAGUAUGAGAUUAGUGUAAAGGAAAGUAGCCUCAUUCAACAAUAUCCGAUUAAACAUCAAGUAAUUACAGACCCGGAAAUAGCUAAGAAGGCAGGUUGGCCCGAGUUUAAGAAGAUUUAUAUGGAUAAUCAAGAUGUGAGGUUAGAUAUGAGCAACUUUAGGACAGUUUUGGUAAAGGCGUUGGAACUUCUUCGGCAAUGAAGCUUAAGAUGUGUACACAUUUGUAUUUAAUUGUGAACUAAGCUUCCUCGUGCAGCACUGUAAAUGCAAAUACUUUACUUGUAAAUGCUUAAAAUAGUGAUUAGCAAAUGAAUUCGGAACAUAAUUUAUUUUUGUGUUUUAAAUGAUGUACCAAGUGUUGUUAUUCUCUCCAAAUCACAUUUAGCUAAGCAAUAUUGUUAUUGUUAAUACUCCCUCCGUCCAAUAUUAUAGUUCCUGUUUCCUAUUUUAAAGACCCAAAAUGUUGUUUCUGUUUUUAUUUUUGGAUAAUAGGUAAAGAUCAUUAUACCCUCAUUCUUUUAACUUUAUUCAUUGUACUUCCUAAAUUACCCUUAAAUUUUCCAUUUGCUUUGUACUUUUUUCCACUUUCUCUCUCUAACCUUUGUCUAUGAUUUAACUUUUCAAUUUUUUUUUUUUUUUAUGUACUUCAUUCACUAUUUCCUCUCUAACUUCUACUUUUCAACUUUUUUUUAUGUACUUCAUUCACCUUUUCCUCCUAUUUCUUAAAACCGUGAAAAAACACA